AUGUCCGCCUCCGCCGUCCCCAACAUCGCCGAACCCGCAAACCCACAAGACAGUUCCUCCUCGUCCUCCACCGCCUCCCUAAAUGAAGAACUACCACAGAAGCUACGCCGCCCCAAGAUGACAUCGCGCAAAUCAAGCGGCACCAUCAUCAUACCCCGCGAGACGGCCAAGGUGGAGUUGAACUGCAGCGACGAGGUCUUCGAUGAGGAUGAUGCCCGCGCCAUGAGCCCGAGGCGCAGCGAGCAGGAUCUAGAGAAGAUGGGUCAGGAUGCCAGGGCGCAGCUUAAUGAACACGCAAAGAUUUUACAGAAAUCUCUACUCGAGAUCUUCAAUCGCAUCGAGGCCGUCAAGGAAGAGCAUGACAAGCUGGACAACAACAAUAAGUUCCUGCAGAAGUAUAUUGGGGAUUUGAUGUCGACGUCCAAGAUUACGGCAACUGGUGCGAGUGGGAGGAAGAAGUGA